AUGGUAAGCACUCCGGUUCCUUCUACGUCUUUCCAUCGAGAAGAGGGCAUCACCGGAAAAGAGCUGGAUCAUUUUUUGAAAACUGAAUCUCAUUCUAUAUGUGUACUGGAUUGCCGAAUAGGUGGGGCUGCGAUCAAGAAUGCUUGCAGGGUGCGGCUUCCUAAUGUUUUGUUUCGCCGUCUGGUGAAUUGCUCCUUGUCUUUGUCCACUAUCUCACCUCGUCUCAAUGAUCCAGACGUUAGAGUUGUCAUUAUUCCGGAUGGAUCCGACGGUACAACUUCUGGUGCAUUGGCAAAUGCUUUGCGGAAAGCAAAUGUUCAGCACCAAAUUCUUGCUGACGUUAGAGUUGUCAUUAUUCCGGACGGAUCCGACGGUACAACUUCUGGCGCAUUGGCAAAUGCUUUGCGGAAAGCAAAUGUUCAGCACCAAAUUCUUGCAGACCCUGUCGAGGAAGUUCUUUCUGCUUUUCCAUCAUUGCGGGUGGAUGAGGAACGGCAACCAUCUCGGACAUCUGGAGAUAUGGUGUGCUUAAAUCUCAAUGCUCUUCGGAUUGAACCUGGUGUUCCUCCAUCCACAGACAAACGCCAAGUUUUUCCUGUCCAAAUACUACCUCACCUUUUCCUCGGCAAUUAUGAAACUGCUAGUGACGCUCAAGCUUUGAAGCGGUGGGUACUAUACUAG